UUCAAGUCUAGCUACACGUACACGAGAGUGGAGUUGGAGUCGUCGGCUUUUUUUCGUGGCGCUCUUUUAUUUUCGGUUUCUGGCAAACGGCGGUCACUUUUUGCAACCCCACCGUCCCAAAAUUGUGAUAUCAAAAAUUUCUAGCUAAAUUUCAAAAGCUAAAGUGUAUGCAAGAGCAAAUAUAACACUGUCUUUUACGAAAAGGUUAUAUUUGAGAAAUCUACAAAGUGUCUAUAAAAAUAUAUAACACAAAUCAAAUAAAUCAACGUGUUGUUCAAACCCUAAAAUUACAUAACCAAAAUGAUGCAGCCAAGUGCGCUAUUACUAACCACCAUCAUGAUCAUCUCCUGCGGAGUGGUAUUCGCCUGCAAUGGAAAGAUUAUUGCAUCGGGCAUCACGGCGGAAGAGAGAUCAAUCAUCUUGCAGGAGCACAAUCGCCUCCGGCAGAUCGUGGCCACGGGACGCUAUCCGGGUCAACCGGGUGCCGAGAAUAUGCGCGAGAUCGUCUGGGAUGACGAGCUGGCCGCCAGGGCCCAGAAAUGGGCUGACAACUGUCAGUUCCGCCACGAUCCACACCGCACAAUAAAUCGCUUUACGAUGGGCCAGAAUCUGGCGAUCAUCUGGAGUACGGCGCCUUUGGACGCCGAUGACGGGGACUUCCCCUCGCGCAUCCAAAGUUGGUUUAACGAGGUGCAGAAGUACUCCUUCGGAGACGCCUGGUCCCCCAAAACUGGUCACUAUUCUCAGCUGGUUUGGGGCGAGACCAGCCUGGUGGGCUGUGGAUACGCGGAGUACAAGGACACCAGCAAAUACAACAAGCUCUACGUCUGCAACUACGGACCUGGUGGCAACGUGGUUGGCUACAAUCCCUACGAGGUGGGCAAGCCCUCCUGCUCGACGUACGGCAUGAAGCCCUCGUCCCGCUACCAAGGACUCUGCGCCGCUCCAGGAGCCUCCCCAGCUGCCAACAGCGUCUACGGAGCGAACAGCAUUGAAACGUAUGAGUACGGCUACAACAGCAGCCCCAGUCAAAGACAAUCCGCCAAUAACAACCAGCAGACUAACAACAUUAACAAGAACAGCCAGAACAGCUAUAACUACAACCGACAACCGCUCAGUAAUCCCAAACCCGCCCAACCCUCCCCUCCCUCCCCGUUCAACCCACAGGCAGCGGUACCAUCGCCAGCCGGCGGCAGUUCGUUCGGCAGCGCCGCGAAGGGCGGCAGCCACGCCUACACAACGGAGCCAUCGCAGUCGGCCGGGCGGACUCAGUAUCAGCAAAAGUACGAGGCGUAUCGGCCAAGUGCGGCCGAGUUUGAGAAGUCCGUACACAAGCAUACCAUACUACGCACCUACAUAGAGCAGAAUCAGCAGCGGCAGGAUGGGCAGUACCAGCCGAACCAGCAGGAUCAGCAGGUUCAGCAGGAUCAGCAGGACCAGGAGCCCACCAGCACUAGGAAACCGAGUCGUGGAUGGAGCCUGCUGACGUGGCGCGGUUAAAAUGUCAAUAACCUUCGCCUUGUCAAUCCAAAAUGCCGCUCAAUGUAUUAGGCCAUUAAUAGCUACUGUGUAGUGCCAUUAGCCAACCACCAGGAUCCAUCAUCAUCCAUUCAACGUGUCGCCUUGGGACCCCUAGCGAAUCUUAUUUAAACACACACCCCAACAAUUGCCAUAUGAGAUGUAGUAGCUUCCCCACUUUGUGAAUUUCGGCUCUCGAGGAAGAGGAGCGUAGGCGGCGGACGAUUCAUGCCACAGACGAAUAUUUGUAUCAAAUGUUUGCCACCACCACCACCACCCACCUAAAACUGUCAUCCUGUUAAACCAACCAAUCGGCAUUCAACAUCGAUCAGCUAGUUGUAGUAUUGUGUUCAAUAAAACAAGAAAAUUGAUUUGUAAAUUAAAA